AUGCAGAGGACUAGUCCUGAUCCUCUCGUCUCUGCUACCCUACUCGUGUGUGCACAUUGUAUUCACGAAGCAAUUGAAUUACUGUUAAGUUAUGACAAAGUUAAAGAAGCUUUAAUUCUGGCUCAUUUACGUUUAGAAUCAUCAUCAUCAUCAGAAGUUGUAAUAUACACAGAAAAGUGUAUAAAACGGUUAAUUGAUCAUCGUUCAAGUUCAGUUGAUGAAAAGUCAUUCAUUCUUUUCAAUUCUAUUGAAUAUUGGAAAUAA